CGACAAAUAUGCUGAAGUUUGUCAUCAGCUUCGCCGCACUGCUGUGCACGGCGGCUGCCGUGUCGCUUCACUACCCGAAGAACUCGUUUACCCCCGCGACAGAGUCCGAGGAAGUCCGCUCAGCUGCUAUAAAGAGACUUUUGGAGGUUUUCGGGAUGGAUGACCCCCCUGCGUUUCAUGGACACAAACAGCCCCCUCAGUACAUGCUUGAUUUGUACAACGCGGUAGCCGACGUGGACGGCGUGACCAAGGAUCCGCAUCUUCUGGAAGGGAAUACUGUGCGCAGCUUCUUUGAUAAAUUGUACAGUGAUCAGGUGGAGUUCAGCUUCAAUUUGUCAAUGGUCGCAAGAACAGAGAAGAUUCUCGCUGCAGAGCUCCAUCUUUAUAAGCUGAGACCUCAGGCACCCUUGACGUUAAACAGACAUCACUUCAGCCAGGUCAGUGUUUAUCAGCUGCUUGACUCCAGCACAACCAAUUUUACGCAGAAGAAGCUGCUUUCCUCUCGACUCAUCCCAGUGCACUCCUCUGGUUGGGAAGUCUUCACAAUCACACACGCAGUGCGCUCCCGGAUGGUUGAUGAGGGCACCAACCUGGGACUUCAAGUGGUGGUUCGGACACUGGGAGGGAGCCAAAUGGAUAAAAAACUGAUCCGCUUUGCCUCAGGGCGCCACCACCAUCACAGCAAACAGCCCAUGCUGGUUCUCUUUACUGAUGAUGGCCGCUACUCUAAUCCUCUUGCGAGCAAAGAUUCAGAUGAUACAGCAGAAACUUCCAACCUGCCCCAGACUCCCAUGUCCGGUCCACCUUCCCGUAGUGCUCGAUCUCUGGGCUACGAUGCAGAUGGUGCAACCACGCACUGCCAGCGGUUUCCCCUCAACGUAGACUUCGAGGAGAUCGGCUGGUCGGGCUGGAUCGUAUCACCAAAGGGGUACAACGCUUACUAUUGCAAAGGCUCCUGCCCCUUUCCUCUGGGUCAGACCAUGAAACCAACCAACCACGCCACUGUCCAGUCCAUCAUCAAUGCCUUGAAGCUGGUGAAAGGCAUUGAGACGCCGUGCUGUGUGCCCGACAAGCUCUUUUCCAUCAACUUGCUCUUCUUUGAUGAUGAUGAGAACGUGGUUUUAAAACAGUACAAUGACAUGGUGGCUGGAAGCUGUGGGUGCCACUAACGUUAACUAGUCACUGGUAUCGGGCUGCGAAGAUUAAAAACUGUAAACAUUGUAAAUAGAGCUUGGUCAGCUGACCCUGGAAACUUUGACUGCAACUAUCAUGUGCCCAGUCCUACAUGUGACACUGUAGUAUAUGUAAAUAAUGAUAAAUUAUAAUAUAUGAAAGUAAUUGAAAUGAUAUUAAAUAAUCAAAGGAAUGUUAAAUAAAUUUGUAAAUCUGUAUUUUUUAUGUUUUGUGUUGGGAUAUAUUUGAAUAAAUAUUGUAAAUGAAAGUCUUGUUUAUUGGCCCUUGCAUCAGUCUGAUGCAUCAGUUGUGAGGCUUAACAAAGCUUCACAAUUCAAACCAACCACCAAAAAACAAAAACUCUAACAAAUGAAAUAUGAAAAAAAGGCUUGUAACCUUUUUGUA